CGCCAAGGGGCCGCGCACGGCGCUGCGCCGCGGAGGAGGGGCCCGGCCCCUCCCGCCCUUUUCGCGGGCAUUGCCGCGCCUGCGUCACGUGCCGCGUGCGCGCGCGGGGUGCAUGAUGGUGGCGGCGGGGCCCGGCGGCGGCGGCAGCAGAGGCAGAAGCGAGUAGAAAAUGGCGGAUUUCGAGGAGCUGCGGAAUAUGAUAUCAAGCUUCCGUGUUUCUGAACUGCAAGUGUUGUUGGGUUUUGCUGGACGUAACAAAAGCGGGCGGAAACAUGAACUUCUGAUGAGGGCUCUGCACUUACUGAAGAGUGGCUGCAGCCCAGCGGUUCAGAUCAAGAUACGAGAACUUUACAGGCGUCGGUACCCAAGGAUAAUUGAAGGACUUUCAGACUUGUCAGCUGCCAAGGCCCCAGUUUUCAAUUUGGAGAGUAAUCCCUUGCCUGUUGAGACUGACCUGGCUGUGGCGGGCAUUCACCCAUUCCCUUCUACAUCAGUCACGCCUCAGUCUCCCUCCUCGCCUGUCAGUCCUGUGCUCCUCCAAGACCCCAAGACCCACUUUGAGAUGCAGCAGCCAUCCCCUCCAAUUCCACCUGUUCAUCCUGAUGUUCAACUGAAAAGUCUCCCUUUUUAUGAUGUACUUGAUGUGCUUAUAAAACCUACAAGUUUAGUACAGAGCAGUAUUCAGAGGUUCCAGGAGAAGUUCUUUAUCUUUGCUUUGACACCUCAGCAGGUCAGAGAAAUCUGUAUUUCCAGAGAUUUCUUGCCGGGGGGCAGGAGAGAUUACACAGUCCAAGUUCAGUUAAGGUUAUGCCUAGCAGAGACCAGCUGCCCUCAAGAAGAUAAUUACCCUAGCAGUUUGUGUAUUAAAGUAAAUGGGAAGCUGUUUCCAUUACCGGGGUAUGCUCCGCCGCCAAAAAAUGGAAUUGAACAGAAGCGACCUGGGCGCCCUUUGAAUAUAACUUCUCUAGUUAGGUUGUCAUCAGCAGUGCCAAACCAGAUUUCUAUUUCCUGGGCUUCUGAAAUUGGAAAGAAUUACUCCAUGUCUGUGUAUCUCGUUCGUCAGCUCACUUCAGCUAUGCUUUUGCAGAGGUUAAAAAUGAAAGGCAUCAGAAACCCAGAUCAUUCCAGAGCACUAAUUAAAGAAAAAUUAACUGCAGAUCCUGACAGUGAGAUUGCCACAACCAGUCUGCGGGUAUCUCUGAUGUGUCCUCUGGGAAAAAUGAGGCUGACAAUCCCAUGCCGGGCUGUUACUUGCACACACCUGCAGUGUUUUGAUGCUGCUCUUUAUCUACAAAUGAAUGAAAAGAAGCCUACUUGGAUCUGCCCUGUCUGUGACAAAAAGGCAGCUUAUGAGAGCCUGAUAUUAGAUGGACUUUUUAUGGAAAUACUUAGUGAAUGUUCAGAUGUGGAUGAGAUCAAAUUCCAAGAAGAUGGCUCCUGGUGCCCCAUGAGGCCAAAAAAAGAAGCCGUGACAGUCUCAAGCUCACAGUGCACGAAAACAGAAAGUUCCAGUGUUGUUAGCAAACCAUGUUCUGUGAUGGUGGCCGAUGAGGCAGACAAGAAGAAAGCUGAGGCAAACAAGAAGAAAGUUGAUGUUAUUGACUUGACAAUAGAAAGCUCUUCUGAUGAAGAGGAAGAUCCUCCUUCCAAAAGGAAGUGCAUAUUUAUGUCUGAAACACAAGGAAGCCCAACCAGAGGGGUUCUCGUGUAUCAGCCAUCUGCUGCCAGAGUGCCCAGUGUGACAACGGUUGAUUCUGCUGCUAUUCCUCCUUCUUUAACAGACUACCCAUUCCAUCCACCAAUAUCCAGUAUUUCGUCAGACUUGCCAGGUUUGGAUUUUCUUUCGCUAAUCCCAGUUGAUUCACAGCAGUACUGUCCUCCUAUGUUUUUGGAUAGUCUUACCUCAACCUUAACAAGCGGCACAUCUGGCAGCAUCAUCACAUCAACGAGUCGCCAUGAGAGCAGCACACAGGUUAGCUCCUCCACCCGGAGCGAGGCAGCAGUGAUCACCAGCAGCAGCAGCAGCAGCAGCGCUCCUGAUAUCAUCUCACUGGACUGAAACAAGGUGGGGCAGCAAGCAGCUCUAGGGGAUAUUGCACAGAGCUCUGCUGCUUCUAUCUUGAACUUCAGCAUUUUAGAAAGUUACUCUGAUAUUUAUUGAAAGGAUUUGCCUUCUGGAAAAUGGAGUAAAUUGAUCUGUGCUAGGAGCAGAAGUGAUAAUUUUCUUGGAGGGUGUUUUGUUUUGUCUCUAGUUUUUUGGUUCUUUUCAUGCUCAUUAAAUAGCUGGUAUAGAAAAGAGCCCUUCUGAACAUGCUUUAAUGCUUUCAGCUUGUUCUGGGGAAACUUGAGUUGCUGUUGUUGGGGGUGGAUUUCACAAAUUAUUUUUGAUUUCUGUUGUAAAAUGCAGCAAUAAUGUAAAAACAAAACACCCCCCAAAGUUUUUUGUUUUUUUUUUAAUAAAAAAAAAAAAGCACUUAACCACUCUAGGACACCAGCACGUUGGACAAAGGUGCAGAAAUGUAGACCUUGAUGGAUUUUUAAUAUUUUUGCUGGGGCCUGUACUGAACUUCUUUUAAGACCAUGCAACUUUGUGAAAUAGCCAUGGUUUGUGUUUUAUGUCUUGUGUUCCUCACUUUCUGCUCAGCUAGGGGAUAUAGUGGAAGCCUCUGUAAAUGAGGUUGUUUUACCUUUUUCGUCCUUUAAUUUCACUUGCAUUUUCACAAAUGCAACAAAAUCUUAAUGUGUGCUGACUUCUUUUUUAUGUCCUUUGUGCUGAGGAGGGGACAAACUAUCUAUGCAAACUCAGCAUUACACAAUCUUUGUGUGGCUAUGUCAGAAUUAGGACAACUCCCAACACUUAAGUGAAAUUUAGUCUGUGUUUCACUUUCUGUUUUGACACUUUGAGAGAUGAUAGGAAAAUGGCUUUUAAAGUCAGAUUAUAAUGUUCUUGUUGGUCCUCUCUGAAAUAGCCACUACUUGCCAGGUGAACAAGUGAAAUCCAUGUUUUUGUGGCAGCUGUAAGGAAACAACAGGAAUUACUUCCUGCAGUACAUAGGAUUAUUUGCUAGGAUCCCCUACUGGUAGUUUCUGUUGUCAGUAACUGUUCUAUUCUGCUUGGGGUUACCACACUCUACAGUGCUCUUCUGUUUUGCAGCAUAAAAGCUGCAACUGCACAGUGUGUCCAGGGAACUACAGUUGUGUUUGGGAUCCGCUGGUGCGCUCAUAAUCUCAGCUUUUCUAAUGCAGUGAAGUAACUUCCUUUGGUGGCACUGCUCUGACUCUGUUGCUUUGCUGUAUUAAGGGUCCCUACAUACCUGUAAGAAUCACCUCAGCAGUACUGUAUUGGAAUAAACUACAGCCCAGGAAAAUCAAGUCCUUUCCAUACAGCUGGCAUAAUGAUAGUAUCUGCAUCUGUUGUUGACAUAGUAGUUUUCCCAAGCUUUGUUUCUGCUGAGUGGCUGUAUUUGAGAUUAUUCCUUCCCUAGCUGCUGGCUUUCUUCAUUUUUUCUCAUUUUGUGUUCUUUUAUUUCCCUAGUCAGACGUCUGUGCAUUUUGCCUUCAGUUACUGUUACAGUAUUUGAACAAUGUAUGUGGAUAUGAAAUAUUGAAGCAGGAUGUAUUGUAACUCUUGUCUGUCCCAUAGUCCCAUCUUUAGUGCUGCAUUACUCCUCAUUGCCUUUUUUGUAUGAUCUUUCACAGCAGUUUUCAAUUCACAUGUCUUAAUAUUGUAUACAGUCCAUCUUCUUCCCUGAUGAUUUUUUUUGUACCUGUGAAAGAAUGAGGUUUCAGUGUGAUUGUAUUUCCAGUAAAGCAGUGCUACUCAUGAAUUCUUUUUCUGAAUGGCCUACAGCAGAUCAGUGCUUUCUGCAUCACAGUUGCACAGUGACUUGAACUGUAAAUAGGACAUGGAGAGAGGUUCCAGAGUUGUUAUGAAUAAAGUGUUUAAAACUGGUAUUGUAUUGGUUGCUGAAGGCUGUUUGUACUCCUAACACCAAACUUUAGCCCUGCUCUAAGCAAA